UUUAUUAUUAUCAUUAUAAUAAUAAUUGCAAUUUUCAUCUGAAAAUUAGAAGUAAAAAUCAUCCAACAAAAACAACUGCUUACAGCCGCCAAGGAUUGCUGUUCUUCAACACCCCUCCCACCCACUUUUUUUUCUCUAUUUCUCUCCAUCUCCGAAAAAGCAAGACAAGAACCAAUAGCUCCGACCUUCUCUCUCUCUGUGUUCUCGUUUGUGGGGGGGUUUGAUACUUCUGCUGCAGAUUUCCCCAAUUGGGUUCGAGCGUUUGUUUUUAAUUUGGGCGAAGUCACUGUCUUUACCAAGGAAAGACAUGAGAAGUUUAUAGGAUCGGGUUCUUUCUUCGUUGUGCCGGAUUUUGGGUUUAUGUUUCUGUGGUUUUCUGGCCUGAUUGGAAUUGUCUUUCCGCUAUCAUCGAUGCUGUGUUUGCUCUAGUAGUUUGAUAAUAUUGUGCUGUGAAGUGCACAAAGAAGAGGUUUCCUUUGUCGAUUGAGUUAUGAUCAAACAGAUACUUAAUAGGCUCCCGAGGAAGCCCAAGUCAUCCGAGCAUCGUGAGGGAGGGUCCUCUAACACUAAUUCAAAUGCUUCCGCCAGUUCAAGAGGCAACUCUAUAUCAAGUAACAAGUAUGCGAGCUCGAGUACUACUUUUUCGAGCGCUACUUCUACUCCAAACUUUGGAGUAAAUGUGAAUUCGAAGCUUAACGGGAACUCAUUGGCUUCUCCAUAUGAGGCAUUGCCUAGUUUCAAAGAUGUCCCGAAUGCAGAGAAGCAAAAUUUGUUGAUAAAAAAGUUGAACUUGUGUUGUGUUGUCUUUGACUUCAGUGACCCAACGAAGAACAUCAAGGAAAAGGAGAUCAAGCGACAGACAUUGGUAGAGCUUGUGGAUUACAUUGCUUCUGCUAAUGGGAAAUUCCCAGAAAUUGUCGUGCAAGAAAUCGUAAAGAUGGUGUGCAUAAAUUUAUUUAGAACACUCAGUUCUCCUCCCCUUGAAAACAAAGCAUUAGAGGCCUUUGAUGUAGAAGAGGAAGAGCCCUCGAUGGACCCAGCAUGGCCGCACUUGCAAGUUGUGUAUGAAUUCUUCCUGAGGUUUGUGGCAUCACCUGAGACGGAUGCAAAGUUGGCUAAGAGGUACAUAGAUCACUCUUUUGUUCUCAGGUUGUUAGGUCUUUUCGAUUCAGAGGACCACAGAGAGAGGGAUUACUUGAAAACGGUUCUGCACCGCAUCUAUGGGAAAUUUAUGGUGCACCGCCCGUUCAUAAGGAAAGCAAUCAACAACAUCUUCUAUAAUUUUAUUUUUGAAACUGAAAAGCAUAAUGGGAUUGCGGAGCUGUUAGAGAUUUUGGGAAGUAUAAUAAACGGUUUUGCUCUGCCGCUGAAAGAAGAGCACAAGCUCUUUCUUGUUCGAGUGCUUAUUCCACUUCACAAACCAAAAUGCAUACCCUUGUACCACCAGCAGUUAUCAUACUGUAUUACUCAAUUUGUGGAGAAAGACGGCAAACUUGCUGAUACAAUAAUUCGUGGUUUACUAAAAUAUUGGCCUAUUACAAAUAGUUCUAAGGAGGUCAUGUUCUUGGGUGAACUGGAAGAAGUUUUAGAGGCAACUCAGCCUGCAGAGUUUCAGCGCUGUAUGGUACCGCUGUUUCGCCAGAUUGGUCGUUGCUUGAGCAGUUCACAUUUUCAGGUGGCAGAGAGAGCACUGUUCUUAUGGAAUAAUGAUCACAUUGCGAACCUAAUCAAACAGAAUCGCCAUGUCUUACUGCCAAUCAUAUUCCCUUCAUUGGAGAAAAAUGCAAGAAACCACUGGAACCAGGCAGUACAGAGCCUGACACUAAAUGUCCGUAAGAUUUUCUCCGAUAUUGACCCUGAGCUUUUUGAGGAAUGUUUGCUCAACUUCCAGGAAGAUGAAGCACAAGCGAGUGUAAAAAGUUUGAAACGUCAAAACACCUGGAAACGUUUGGAAGAGAUUGCGGCAAAGAAUGCUACAAGCAAUGAAGCCGUGCUUGUUUCCCCCAGAGGAGCCUCCGGCAAAACUUCUGGCUAGCAAGUUUGAGAUUCCCCGUGAUGUGAUUACAGUGAGUUCGAUGUUCAAAUUAUUUUGCAGAUGAUAAACUGACAUUGCUGUAUAAGUUUGAUCAGUCUUCUUGUUGGCUCCUCCCCU